AUGACGACCAUCACCUUCCUUUCGGCAUACACGCUGGGUCUGGCCGCUAUCGCCAACUACGCACAGGCCCACGGCCGGUUGAUUGCCCCGCCACAUCGUGGGUACAUUGGCCAGUUGGACCAAUUCGCUGGGAUCAUUCCAUUCGACUACGACGACCAUAAUCUCAACGGUGGUGGUAUUGCGGCCACGUCUGGCGGUAAAUUCGGCGUGUGCGGCGACUCGUACUCCGGGAACCGGCAGCACGAAACCGGAGGCACCUACGGGACGUUUCCCACCAACGGCGCCAAAGCUAUCGGGGCGUGCUAUGCCCCGGGGUCCACCGUGGACCUCCAAGUCCAAUUGAUGGCCAACCACAAGGGUCGGUGCUCCCCGCUGGAGUGA